GGAGCGCAGAGCGGCCGGAGGAUUGACCGGCGGACAUUCGACCCCCGAGAUGAAGAUCGACAUCCACAGUCACAUCCUCCCCCGGCAGUGGCCGGACCUCGAACAGAGAUAUGGUUAUGGGGGAUGGGUGCAACUGCAGCACCACUGUCAGGGAGAAGCCAAGAUGAUGAAAGACGGGAAAGUCUUCCGAGUCGUGCAGGAGAACUGCUGGGACCCCGAAGUCCGAAUCCGAGAGAUGGAUCGAUCAGGGGUAACUGUCCAGGCCUUAUCCACCGUGCCAGUCAUGUUUGGCUACUGGGCCCAGCCUCAGGACACCUUGGACUUGUGCCAGCUACUCAAUGAUGACCUGGCCGCCACGGUGGCCCGGUUCCCCAGGAGGUUCGUCGGCCUGGGGACCUUGCCCAUGCAGGCUCCGGCGCUGGCUGUGGAGGAGCUGCGGCGCUGUGUGCAGGAGCUGCGAUUCCCCGGGGUACAGAUAGGGUCCCACAUCAACAACUGGGACCUCAAUGCCCCAGAGCUGUUCCCGGUGUAUGCGGCUGCGGAAGAGCUGGGCUGCAGCCUCUUUGUGCACCCCUGGGACAUGCAGAUGGAUGGACGGAUGGCCAAGUACUGGCUUCCCUGGCUAGUGGGAAUGCCGGCUGAAACCACCAUAGCCAUCUGCUCCAUGGUCUUGGGAGGAGUCUUUGAGAAGUUUCCCAAACUCAAAGUGUGCUUUGCCCAUGGAGGGGGAGCUUUUCCCUACACCGUAGGGCGGAUCUCCCAUGGGUUCAAUGUGCGCCCGGACCUGUGCGCCCUGGACAGCCAAAUGGACCCGAAGAAACUCCUGGGCUCCUUCUAUACAGACUCUCUGGUCCAUGACCCUCGGGCCCUGAAGCUGCUGACUGACAUCAUAGGGCAGGAUAAAGUGAUUUUGGGGACAGACUAUCCCUUUCCUCUGGGAGAACUGGAGCCUGGAAAACUGAUCGAGUCCAUGGAAGAGUUUGAUGAUGUUCUAAAGGAGAAACUCACGGCUGGCAAUGCCCUGGCAUUCUUGGGCCUUGACAGAAAACAAUUUGAAUGACUGAGUAGAACACAGAAGCAGAUGACGCUAGCUAUGCCUUCAGAGAUUCACCUCCUCAUUUUCACAGAUUCAUCUCCUCAUUCCUCUGAUUGAUUGAUUGACUCAUUGAUUCUUGAAGAGGUACUCAACUCCCAUUCUCCUCCCCUCAAAGUCCUUAACUGGCUUCUCAUGUCCUUCUGCAACCAACAAAAACUCCGCACAAUUGGCCUACGACUCACUCCACCCUAUCGACCUGUUAUCUUCACCCAUUAUUCACCAAUUCCCUCUCUUCGUCCCUCCCAAGAUCACCUUCUAGCUGUCCCUUGCUCUCACCUCCCCCGCUUGGAACUCCCUCCUUUCCCAAAUCUGAAAGACUCAGCUCUUCCCACACUCAGAGCCAUCCUGAAACCCCCACCCCUCCCCACAGAAACCUUUCCGGAUGAAUUCCCAGCACCUUAAGUCACAGAAACCCAUCAGGCAUCUCUAGUUCUUCUGAACAUAUACAUAUACCCCCAUCCUCUCAGGACUCUGUUCAUUCAGUUGUAUGCUCAACUAUCUAUUUUGAUUAUUCUGUGGCUUCCAGACUGUGAGCCCGUUGUUGGGUAGGGACUAUCUCUAUAUGUUACCAACUUAUACUUCCCA